AUGAGACGUGCAAGUCAUACACAUUUCAGAGUGUAACUUACACGCGAUGACAGCGCUUCUUGUCGACACGAGAAUAAUACCGCAACAUAAUUCUCUCGCUUUUGGUCGUCAACAUGGCAACAAGAAGUGUGGUGCAAAUAUAUGAGGGAUUUCUAAUCGUUGUUGGAAUGAUAUGCCUAUCAAUGUCAGAAGAAAACAUCUCGUUGAUGAAAACUACAAAUCAAAGUACUACUCACCAAACGCACCCAGCAAAUAGGUCUGUAGACGGAUGCUUGGAUCAAAAAUUUAACAAUGAUUGCUGUUCACAUACGAGUCCAGACGAAUCAACAGCCUGGUGGCGUGUAGAUCUAGGACAGCCAAGCACUAUCGAUAACAUCACGAUAUACUAUAGAGAUGGUAAAGCUUCACGAUUUGCCGGCUACCGUCUGUAUGUUUCAAAUACUACAAGUGACGAUAAUGUGACAAAUAAUGGCGUCCUUUGCUACGAAGACCAGAGUAGUACAGAGGCGGAGGUCCGGUUGGUGGUGACACACUAUUGUCCUUACGUUGCCAAAUAUGUGACAGUCUACAACUUUAGGAACAACCCCCUUCGGUACAAUUGGUAUAAUGAAAACGAAGCCUUCCUGGAACUUUGUGAGGUUCAAGUAUUCGGUUGUCCUGUGGGAACAUUUGGAAACGGCGAUUGCAACGAGGAUUGUUCGGGUUGCAACGGAGGAAUUUGUAACUCUACCAGUGGUAUUUGUCGUUAUGGUUGUAACCCUGGAAGACAUGGUAGCUCAUGUGACAAAUGUACAGCUACCUGUAAGCAGAAUAAGUGUAAUGCAGAAACAGGCUAUUGUCAAGAAUGCGAGACUGGUUACUACGCUGAUUUUUGUGACAGAAAAUGUUCCACUGGAUGUACAGACAGCAUGUGUGACCGGAUCAAUGGUCACUGUACAGGUUGUAAGCCAGGUGUACAUGGCGAGAACUGUGCAAAAGCGUGUCCAACCAACUGCAAGACCAACACAUGCAAUGAAGAUACUGGACAUUGCUCAGAAUGCGAGGCUGGUUACUACGCUGACCAUUGUGACAGAGAAUGUUCCCCUGGAUGUAAAGACAACAUAUGUGACCAGAGCAAUGGUCAAUGUGGAGAAAGCUUCAACAUUGCUGCAGUUGUGACAGGUUGCACAUUAGGAGUGUUCGUUCUGGUAUUGGUCAUCUUGUACGUUGCACUUGUCAAACGUCUCUCAAGAAUUCAAAGCGCAACUAAGCCAGCUACAAAGUAGAAGGAAAUAUCUAGCGUAGCUACCAUACCAGCCAACGAAGAAUCUCCAUACUAUGAAUAGGCGCAUUACGGCUAAUCCAGUUGAUGAACGAUACGAAACAUUGGACAAAAAGAAGAGAGGACUAAAUAAAUACCAGACACUUGAACAUUUGUGAGUAUUCGACAGACGUAUGCAUGGUUUCUCGGAUGCAUACUUAAAGGCACACCAAAUGUAUACGGCAAUUCAGUAUUACCUAAAUAUGUCUCGUAUCUAAGUUCUGUUUAGUUGCCAAAUGUAUUGUUUUUGAUACCUAAUGAUAUAAAUAAAAUAUUAUCUACACUGAAAUAUAACAUAGCUUGAAGUGAAGAGGCUAUAUUUAUUUGAGGCACAAGACGGGAUACUUUGUAGACUUGAGCGAAAUCGAGU